AACUUCCUUUUAGCAAUUUUAUUGUCUGAUACAUUCAUUCAUUGAUGUAUCUAUUAAAAACACAAUAACAAAAUAUGACUUUCUAAAAUAGUAGUCAUGAUCCGAAUCCUGAGAAUACGCCAUGAUCACGUGAUCAAGUUUAGGGAACCGAAUUCAUCCCAGCRGCUGGCUUCAUGCAUCCACUCAUCGCUGCCUAGUUAGGCACCUUGCUAGCUUUUGUUAUAAAAAUGAAUAGAGAAAAUAAUGACGACUAAUUUUUUGCUGUUUUCACAGCUAUACUUGAUAGAGGAUGUAGCCUGUUCACACGUUUUGAGUAUUUUUACUAUUAUUGUUACAUUUUUGUCGGGUCCAUUUCGUUAACUGGAAAGUGGAAAAGACAAAGAGAAAGGGCUUUCCAAUAGCUAUAAUGGUUUGGGCCUAAAAAGAAGACAAGAGUGACUGUGUCUCUGUUGUUAGCAACAUGAACCGUGAAGACCGGAAUGUGCUCCGUAUGAAAGAAAGAGAAAGGCGAAAUCAAGAAAUCCAGCAGGGAGGAGAGGCCUUUCCAGCUCACUCCCCUCUCUUUCCUGAACCUUAUAAAGUUUCCAGCAAAGAAGAUAAGCUGUCCAGUCGUAUCCAGAGUAUGCUUGGAAACUACGACGAGAUGAAGGAACCUAUCGGAGACACAAUUCCAAAACUCGGUGGCAAACCCUCAGGCUCAUCCUCCGAGGAGAAGUCGGGCCAGUCUCUAUUUGGGGAGCAGCGAGGCAGUGGCCAGAACAGUAAAUGGACUCCAGUAGGCCCAGCGGCCAGCACCUCGUCCUCCCAGUCCUCCAAGAGAUCCAGCCUCCAGGGCAGCCACAGCGGUAGCAGGAGUAGCCAAAGACACGAGCGGGAACACAAGAAGUCUAGUAAGCAUGGCUCAGAACACUCCAAGUCCCACACGUCCAGCCCAGCCAAGGGCUCCCUGAGCUCCAGUCACUCCCGUUCACUGGGCGCUGAGCACCACGGCAAAGAGCGCUACCGCUCCAAGUCCCCGCGCGAGGCCAACUGGGACUCCCCGUCGCGUGUGCACACAGCCUUCCCCAGCGGCCCGCACUCCAGCCAGGCCUUCCCCCCUUCGCUUAUGUCCAAGCCCAGCUCCAUGCUACAGAAGCCCACAGCCUACGUGCGCCCCAUGGAUGGCCAGGAGACGGUGGAGCCCAAGACCUCGUCAGAGAUGUACAGCGGCCAGUCCCACAGCAGCACCAUGGGGGAGAUGAAGUCUAACGGCAAGGCCUCGCUCUCCAAGCUCAAGAUCCCCUCGCAGCCUGUUGAGGGUCCCAUGACUGGGGAUGCUAAUUGUGUUGAUGAGAUUUUAAAGGAAAUGACUCAGUCCUGGCCCCCUCCGUUGACAGCCAUCCACACCCCCUGUAAAACGGAGCCUUCAAAGUUUUCAUUCCCUUCCAAGGACACUCAGCAUGCAAGUUUUCCWGGUGCACACAAGAGACAAACCAAAACGUCGAGCAGCCACCAGUCCAAGGCAGCACCAUGCGACGGAGAUCAGGCCAAUAAUGUUCUGCUGGAGGAUGACCUGAAGCUCAGCAGUGAUGAGGACAGUGAUGGAGAACAGGACUCGGCCAAAAAUGCUUCCAGAAACGCAUCGGCAAGUAACAACAGUAAUAACAGCGAAGGAGCAGAGCACUCGCGGGACGACUCCAGCAGUCACAGUGGCUCAGAGAGCAGCUCUGGGUCAGACAGUGAGAGCGAGAGCAGUUCCACGGACAGCGAGGCCAAUGAGCCACCACGCCCUGCAUCACCAGAGCCUGAACCAGCCACAGCCAAUAAAUGGCAGUUGGACAACUGGUUCAAGAAAGCUAAGCAGUUCUCUCCGGCCUCCCCAGUGGACAAUAAUGUACCCACCAAGUACAAGAAGGAGGGGCGGGACCAGAGCUCAGGCCGGGGAUACAGCGGGCAGGGAGGGUCUAAGGACUCAGGGGUGCCCACACCUAGCAGAGACCUAAGAGCAGCACAGAAGGGCUCCGAGAGCGGCCGUGGCCGGCAGAAAUCCCCGGCUCAGAGCGAGGGUGGCGCAGGCCAGCGCAGGACGGUGGGUAAAAAACAGCCCAAAAAGUCUGAGAAGCCCCCUGUGGUGGAGGAGCCUAAGGGGGGGCUAAGGGUGGAGAGUGAACCUGCUCCCGAGAUCCCUCCCCAUCGACCAAAGGCCGCCACCAAAGGCUCCCGCAAACCCAACAUCAAGAAGGAGCCCAAGUCCUCGCCCAGACUGGCUGUUGACAAGCGCAAGAGCAAGGCGCCCAUCAAGAAGUCCAGGAAGUUUGUGGACACGGACUCUUCCUCCUCAGAAUCAGAGGAGAACGACAGCAUUCCCUCGUCGUCGCAGACCCCCAAGUACACAGAGAGCAUCAGGACUCCAGUGUGUGUGUUCUCGCCUAUGGAAGAGAAAGAGCUGCUCUCUCCUCUCAGCGACCCAGACGACCGCUUCCCCGUCAGGCAGCAGCAGGGGCUCAUGGUGAAGAUUGACCUGACCCUGCUCUCCCGUGUCCCCGGACGGCCUUACAAAGACCUAGUAGAGCCCAAAGUAGAGAGGGACUGCUCCAUGGACAGAGACAGCAAGGACUUCCAGAAGCAGCCCUCUGAGAGGAUCUCCAGUAAGGGCAAGAGAAAACACAAGAAUGACGACGAGAACACCAAGCCUGAUGGCAAGAAGUCCAGACUUGAAGACAAAUCCUCAUCUCACCACAAGACCAGCAGCAAAGAGUCUAAGAGGGUCAUGGAGGCCAAGGUGAAGGAGGAGCCGGUGCCCUCUCCCUCCAUAUCAGGGUCAGGAGGGCUGCAGAGGACGCCCAAGGCAGAGCAUCAGAGCCGCAAGCGGACGGUCAGCCAGUCAUCCACCUCCCUGUCCAGCGGAGCCAGCAGCGGCAAGGAGGGAGGCCACAGCACCAAGAGCAGCUCCACUUCCAAAUACACGAAAGGCGGGGACAAGCAGGCCAGGAGCACCCGGGAGGGCAAGGAGAAAUCCUCAAAGGGCUCUGAUAACCAGCUUGCUGUGCCACCGCUCUCCUCGGACGGCUCAAAGUCCCUGAGGUCAAAAUUGGUGUUUGAGGACAGGAUUCACUCUGCCGAUCACUACUUACAAGAGGCCAAGAAACUGAAACACAACGCAGAUGCUCUGAUGGACCGGUUUGAGAAGGCUGUGUACUACCUGGAUGCUGUGGUGUCCUUUAUCGAGUGUGGAAAUGCACUGGAGAAGAGUGCCCAGGAGGCUAAGUCCCCCUUCCCCAUGUAUGCCGAGACCGUGGAGCUCAUCAAGUACACUAUGAAGUUAAAGAGCUACAUGGCCCCAGACGCUACGUCAGCAGACAAACGGCUAGCUGUGUUGUGCCUGCGUUGCCAGUCCCUCCUCUACCUGCGACUGUUCAAGCUGAGAAAAGAGAGUGCACUGAAAUAUUCUAAAACACUCACAGAGCAUCUGAAGAAUUCCUUGAGCAACACCCAAGCUCCCUCUCCUGGAAUGGGAAGUAAAGCGGCAGGCAUGCCCUCGCCAGUCUCUCCCAAGCUGUCCCCAGGUAGUGCUGGUAGCUACUCGUCAGGCACAUCCAGCGGCAGCUCCUCUGUAACAAUCCCCCAGCGCAUCCACCAGAUGGCUGCCAGCUACGUCCAGGUCACCUCCAACUUCCUGUUCGCCACUGAGGUGUGGGACCAAGCAGAGCAGCUGUCUAAAGAGCAGAAAGAGUUCUUUGCGGAGUUGGACAAGGUGAUGGGCCCUUUGAUCUUCAACACCAGCAGCAUGACUGAACUGGUGCGCUUCACACGGCAGGGCCUACACUGGUUGCGGCUGGACGCUAAGCUCAUUCCCUGAAGGACUCUAUAUACACCACACACACACACCGUCCACCACAACGCACCGCUGCCCCUCCAUGCACAUGUGAACUUAUCUGCCUCAGACAUAUCUAUAACACUGUGUCCAUUUUCUACACCAGCUUGCCAAAAACACUGAGCGAUAUGGAGCAUCUUGCACCUACGACUGUCCGACACGGAGGAGGAGGAUUCCAACUGCACAGAUCUAUUGGUACAUUCUAGCUAUAUCCACUAUCAGCGUUUUCCUCUGUCAUAUCUUUGGAUUGUGCAAAGGAAAGCCAUUUUUCUAUUUGGCACAAUGCCUUUGCUGAAUUAUUAUAGAUGAAAUACACUAAAUACAUUUUAUUCUAUAGGCUAAAAGCACAUUAUUCACAUUUGGCUUUUAAUGUGUUAUUAUUUUUACCGAAGUACCUCCCUCAAACCAAAGGUGCUUUAAAACUAAGGUCUGUCUCUUAUCUUUUUUGUGCCUUGUAUCAGAUAUACAGGGAACUAGAAUAUACCAUACGUUGAAAUGCAGAUCCAGCCAGACAUUUUAAAGAAUAAUUUUAAGCUUCCAAACAUGAUUUUGGAAUAGUACUGGACUCAAGCUGUGAUCAGUGGGUUGAAGGCUGUACUGAUGGUGUGUGAAGUGACGAGAGCUUGGUUUGCCUGACAGAUAUCCCUGACACAUACACACAUUACUCUAACAGUUGCCAUUGAAGGGGAGGUAGCUUGCGGCUGACCAUAUUGGUGUUAGCCUGUGACACACCAUUCAAUUGAUUUUGUUGAAGUUACUUUCAUCGUUCUGAAGCACCACAAAAUAUUUCUUAUCUGUCAAUGAGUUCUUCCUAUGAAUUGCCCUGCGAGAUGUUAAUUUCUAAACAAGGUGUUAUUGUUCCAUUUAUUCCUUAUAGAUCUGUACUGGAAAGGGUUGCUGUUAGUGUAUUUUUUUAAGGCACAGCAGGGUGUGGUUGGUAUGGCAAAUGUUAUCCUUGAAACACAAUGUAAUUAUUUGUAUAGUUUCUGCAAAAGUUGCCCAGUGAAAGCAGAAAGUUAGUGCAAGGAAUGACAUAAAUGCAUUCGCAUUUUAAGACCACAAUUAACAAUUCUUCUAAUAAUUGAUGUAGCAUACACGUUGGUGGUGCUCAUUAGCCAUACGUAGAUUACAUGAGUGUUAUAUUUCAGUCGAAAAAUACAUGGCCAAUAUAGAUUUUAUUUAUGUACCAAGCAGUUGCUCUGUUCAAAGUUCUGUUCAAACUUUCAGAUUAAAAUUAUUGAAAACUGGGUUGAAAGAGCUAUGAAAUGCAAAGUAUUUCUAUUGUAUAUGAAAAUGUCAUAUUUAAAUGUUUAAAAGUGGUUACUGGGUUCUCUACAUAGUAUAAUAGUAAUUUGUGUACUACAAAACUUAAGUAAUCUAUUAUCUAUAUAUUUAUGGUACAGGUUAUAUAAUAUAACAAAUUGCGCUAAUGUAGUGGUAAACUGGCCUAAUAUUUACGUGUUCUUCUGUUAUUUUGUAUUGUCAGCAAGGCAAAUGUGGACAUAAGUGAUUUUGAACAGGAAAAUGUACUUGAUGAAUAAGUGGUAUUGUAUUGUGAAGGACUUUUCUUAUCAGCCCACUUACAGAAUACACAUGCUGGAAACACUAGUACCUUUUUURCCCCUCAUUGGCUCCCUUGUCUUUCAUUUGGGGAAAACUGUUAUUUCUUCUUAUACUCAAAGAAUAGAGGAAGAUUGUUUUUAUCUAUGCAGGAUUUUUUUWAAACUAAAAUCAUUUUUGGGCUUUCAGUUUGAAAUCAGGAAUUUCCGCUCUUGUUUUUAACUGUCGGUCAAAACCRGUUUGGUUUGACAGAAAUGUCCAAUGUUUUUAGCUUGUGCAUCAUGCUUGUCCACUGAUUUACUGGUAUAUGUGUAUAUAUAGCUCUCUUUUAGUAACCAAACAUGGAUGGCUUUAUGAAGCCAUUUUAUACCUUAAGCUGGAGGCCACUUUUCUCAUAGAUAUUCCUCUGGGUGUGCGUGCUCGUGUACCAACUCCUAUGUUUUCAUACACUGGUACACUUUUGUACAGCUUCAAGGCUUGUUCAAUAUAUUUAGAUAUACAAAAGAUGAUUGGGAUAAUUUUAACACUUCUCUUGAGUCUUUCAUUCAUAUUUAUUCGUUUUUCUGCCCCUUUUGCUUUGUCAUCCAUUAUUUUUUAUAUUUAAGUAUUUUACUGAAAAUAAUUUUAUGAGUUUAGAAGAUAUCGUAGUAUGAGUUGUUUUGAUACAUUGAAAUAUGGUCAGUAUAAUUAGUUAUAACUUGAAGACAUCCAGGGUAAAAUGUUAUGAAAUUAAAUAGAAAGACGUAACACUUGCAUGUUUCUAUUUAAAUACAAAUUUGUACAAAUUGUAUAUAAAACAAUUCAUUUAGGGUGAAUUUUUACUACAGUUAAACAUUUGUAUUGAUGCAUCUGUGUCAUUAAGAUAUAUAUGCACAUUUGUGAGCUUUCUUUCUUCCAAAAUGUAAGAGAUGACAAGUCUCUGAACCAUAUCAAUCAUUUUUGUUUCUGUAUUGUAUGCCUUGUCUCCUGCUCACCACUGUCAUUGUCAUCAUCAAUGUCUUUAGAAUCAAGUGCUAAUGUAUGUUCUGUAUUUGAUAUGGAGACAUGUAAAUCCAUUAAAUGUAUAUUGUUGAUCACAUUGAAUGGAUGUUGGAGUGAGACGUUUUUUUAUUUUUGAUCAACUGUACAUCUCUACUGCAUGUGAGAAAGCUGUAUCCCUUUUGAAAUUGAUCUGAGAUGUCUUUUGAAUGAGGUGUAUUUCUCUGUUAAGCAGUUGUAGAAGUUAAUACAGUAUGUUGCGCUUCAUUUUUCUCAAAGACCAUCAGCAUACAAAGUACAGUAGUCUAAAUUGGGUUAGUUUCAAAAUAUUGAGAACUGAGAUAUAUAUUAUGGAUGCAAUAUAUUAAGUAAAGGUACUAUUUUGAGGUUGUUAUUCAAACUUGGAAUAACAUGUCAUUUAAAAUMAUUGUGAAGUAUUACUUGUUACUAAUGGGAUAUUUGAGUCUGUCCUGAAUAUUCUUUGUAUUUUGCCUUAUUGAGAAUAAAAUAUAUAUGGUCUUUCAA